AUGAAGGUCUCUGGUCUUUUCGCCGUUUUCGCUACCGCUCUAGCCGUCAGUGCGACAGCCGUGUCGGAUGCCACGCUCGACGAGCGAGCCACUGUCAAAUUCAACGCCGCCGAGGCCGCUGCCCUGAGGGCCCAAACACAAAGUACGAUCGAGCAGCUGCGAAACCUUCAGAGAAGCUAUGACAGCCGGGUCAGAUCCACCGUCGACGGCUGGAGCGGUUCCGCCCGAGCGGCGAUCCAGCAGGAUGUGCAGUCGUUCGAUGCGGCGAUUGCCAAGGCAAACCAGGAACUUGGGCAGAUUGUUGCUACCCUGAACAGGCUGCUCUAG